CGGUCGGCACGCCACUGAAACCUGCAUCACGCCUGCAUGUUGCCAUCGCCAUCGCGCCGAUACCCUAUUCCCUUCUCUAUCCAUUCUCUCUCGCACUCAUUGAUUCUCCCAAACCAUCAAACCAAUGUGUGAUGAAGGUUUAGUUAGAGCGUUUUAUGAUUUGGUUUUAUCCUUGUUUAUAUAUUCUUUGUGAAUGGGGAUCGUUGUAUCAUGAUUGUAUCUCUCGAACUCGAGUUUAAAUAUCUUUUGAAAUUGCAUUAUGCCAUUCCGCCGGUAGGUGUUUUGUGUUGUUGUGUACUGUUUAAUUGUGGUUUUUAACAUGUUUAUGAUAUUUUGUGGACAUGUGUAAACAUUAUGGUAAAAUGGUACACUCGUGUGUUGUGUGCAAGAGAGUGGAACAUUUAAAUAUACAUUUAACUUUUCAUCGAUUUCCUAAAGAUCCAGAGAAAAAAAAACUUUGGUUUGGAUUGGUUGGCAUUUCUGAAAAUGACCCAUUACCCAAGUAUCCAGAGUUGUGUUCUGAUCAUUUCAAUCCCGAUGAUCUGGAGGUCAGAGCAAACGGUUUCAGAUACGUUAAAAAGAAUGCUAAUCCACGCCGUUCAGAAGGCUUGCUAUUUCUAGAUGAUGCUUCGUCAAGCUUUGAAAAUAUUGAUUCAGUUCCCGUUGAAAGUUUUGAUUCAGUCCCUGGUACCUCUGGAUCUGGAAUCAUAACCACAGUUACUGCUGAAUAUACCGAAAAAACCGAAAGUCAAACUCGCCCUGGGGAUUCGUCUUCAUCUACUGAAACUGCAUCGGAAGCAGCGGAUACUGAGGAAUUGGAUACUGAGGAAACAGAAGCAGCAUCUAAUAUCAAAAAUGUUGAAACUAAGAAAAGGAAGAGGCAAUAUUUGCGAUAUAUUGAUGAAAUGACAACCAGUGAUUUUUCAACUCCUGAAAGUCGAAAGAAAAACGUCGAUAUUUUAAAGAACACGGCUUAUGACCAAAGGAAGAAAAUUCACAGCCUACAAAUGAAAGUUCGCCAUCUUAAGAAAAGAGUUAAUUCGUUGACAACACUUACAAAGGAUUUAAAAGAGCUUUUAAAUCCUUAAGCUCUUACAUUAGCAUUUUACUCACCGAGAGCUUACAAUUAUGGAAGAAAAACAUUUGAUAAUUCACUUCUCCAUUUGGGAACACUGUCAAAUUGGUACAAAUCUGUCAAUGGUGCUCCAGGAUUUUCAACGGAGGCUUUAAAUGCCAUUAAAAUAAAGCAAUAAGACAUCAAGUAUCCACUCUUGUGCAACUUUUUAAUGGAUGAAAUGUCCAUAAGGAAGCAAGUCGAAUGGACUGGCAAAAAAUUCACGGGACAUGUUGAUAUCGGGACACAGGUGCAAGGGGUUGUUCUUCCUGAAGCUACUUUCUUUUAGGAGGCUUUAGUAUUUAUGUUAGUCUGCUUAAAUAGCUCAUGGAAAGUCCCCGUUGGAUAUUUUUUGUUAAAUGGUUUGUCUGCUGAUGAAAAAGCUAAUCUUGUCAACAGAUGUUUGACCUUUUUAAAUGAAACAGGCAUUCAGAUAAUAUCGCUAACGUUUGAUGGUGCUUCUGCUAAUUUAAAUAUGGCUGAGAAAUUGGGGGCAGAUUUUUCAGACACUCGUAAUUUAAAAACAUCAUUCAAGCACCCUAAAACUGAUUCAGAAGUAUAUAUUUAUUUAGAUGCCUGCCAUAUGAUCAAAUUAGUAAGGAACUGCUUUGCUAGUCAAGCUGAUCUCAAAGAUAUACAAGAAGGAGCUAUUAAAUGGACAUAUAUUUCAGAAUUAGUUUUUCUCAUGGACUUAAAAUAAAAUAUAGACUACACUAUUUACAUCUAAACGCGGUCAAACAAUCAUUUUUGUAUACAUGUUUAUUUCUGGGUACACUCGACCGUAGCCGACCCAACCUUCCUCGUCCAGCCUAUGUUGUCACGUCUUUAAUAUUA